AUGGGCGAGCUGUUGGUCAUUCUCAUUCAGAUUGUGUUUCGGAGCGUGCAGGUGCUGUCGCAGAGCGAGCAUCAACCGGGCUACUGCGCUUUCUACGAGGAGUGCGGACGCAACCCUUUGGUGGGAGCGGCCCUCAUCCCUCCCAUCGUCCCCUGCCGAAAUUAUAGCCGAGCCCGGGAGCUGACGGGAAACCACUACCACAAACUCAAAGAGGUGUGCCCCGUGUUGGAUAAGGGCGUCGGCAGCACAUUUGCCUGUUGCUCCAUGAAGCAGCUGUCAUCCCUGGAAAUAAGUUUGACUUUGUCCAAGGCCCUGCUGGUGCGCUGCCCUUCUUGUGCUGAAAACUUUGCCCACCUGCACUGCAUCAACACCUGCAGCCCGAACCAGAGCCAGACAGUCAAAGUCACAAAGGUCAUGAAUGUUACCAACAACCUGGGAAUGACCAGAGAGGCCGUGGUGGAGUACCAGGCGUACCUCACCACCGGCUUUGCGGACACCGCCUUCCAGUCGUGCCAACAUGUCCGAAUCCCCGCCACGGGAAGCUUCGCCAUCGCCACCAUGUGCGGCCGCUACGGCGCCAAGCUCUGCACCCCCCAGCGCUGGUACGACUUCCAGGGGGACUCUAGCAACGGUCUGGCUCCUUUGGACAUUGAUUUCAGACUCAUAAACGAUGGAGAAACGGAGGGAGUACCCGAGGGUGUGUUUCCCUACAGCGGGCGAGCCUUCAGGUGCAAUGAGACCACGCCGUCCGGAGGUCAGGUGUGCUCGUGUCAGGACUGCAAAGGAUCGUGCCCUGCCGUUCCACCUCUCCCGCUGCCACCGGGACCCUUCCGACUUUUGGGCACGGACGGCUUGCUUGUCAUUUCUAUCAUCUUAUUCUGUCUCCUCGUAUUUUCUUUCCUCUUCUUUCUCUUGGUCUCUUGCCAUGUCAAGUCACAGAAGAAGCAGGAUGAAGACAAAGAGAAGAGGAAGAGGAAAAGCAAAGAUCAGAACUGUAACGAGGUCAAUCAGCGGCUCAUUCGUCCGUCAGAGGUGACGUGCGCCGACAAGAACAGCAUGGCCGCUCAGGCCUUCCUAAGCUCCGUCUUUCAGACGUGGGGAACACUCAUGGCGACUUAUCCCAUCACGGUGCUCCUGGUAUCAGCGGUCGUCGUGGCGGCGUUUGCCGCCGGCCUCAUGUCCAUCGAGCUCACCACCGACCCGGUGGAGCUCUGGUCGGCUCCCGACAGCCGAGCCCGUCGGGAGAAGGAUUUCCACGAUAAACACUUCGGCCCGUUCUUCAGGACCAACCAGUUGAUCUUGACAGCGCCGGGCAGAAAAGGACACAUUUAUGAUUCUUUGCUCUUUGGAGCGCAGAACUUCAGUGGCCUCGUCUCCAAAGAGCUCAUUAUUGAGAUGCUGCUUCUCCAGAAAGAAAUACAGAGCAUUGAGUUCUGGUCAGAGGACCUAAAUCGCACAGCGAGCCUGAAGGAUGUGUGCUUUGCACCGCUGAACCCCAACAACUCCUCCCAGACGGACUGUGCAGUCAACAGUCUGCCACAAUACUUCCAGAACAGCCUGGACAACAUCAAUGCCAAGGUCAACAUGACUAAGCUGGGGGAGACCAAAGAGGUAGACUGGAGAGACCACCUCAUCUACUGCCUCAACUCGCCUCUGUCGUUCAAAGACAACACCAAAUUGGGACUGAGCUGCAUGGCUGACUAUGGCGCUCCAGUCUUCCCUUUCCUGGCUGUCGGCGGCUACCGGGGUGACGAGUACACCGAGGCGGAGGCCUUCAUUUUGACCUUCUCCCUCAACAACUAUCCACGGACCAACGUCAAGUAUAACGUGGCGAUGCAGUGGGAGAAUGAAUUUCUGAAAAUUGUCCAAGAUUACCAGAGAGACCCGACGGCCAACUUCACGUUUGCAUACAUGGCAGAGAGGUCUCUGGAGGAUGAGAUCAAUCGGACGACAACGGAGGACAUUCCCAUCUUCAUGAUCAGCUAUGCUGUAAUCUUCGUUUACAUCGCUGUCGCUCUGGGGGAGUAUUCUUCAUGGAGACGCAUAUUGGUGGACUCCAAGUUUCUGGUUGGUCUCGGCGGGAUCUUGGUGGUGGCGUGCUCGGUGCUGGCGUCCAUGGGCUUCUACUCUUGGAUCGGCAUUCCCUCCUCGCUGGUCAUCCUGCAGGUCGUGCCCUUCCUGGUGCUCGCCGUCGGAGCCGACAACAUCUUCAUCUUUGUUCUGGAGUACCAGAGAGAUGUGCGGAAGCCUGGCGAGAAAAGAGAGCAGCAGAUAGGCCGUGUGCUUGGAAACGUCGCUCCCAGCAUGCUCCUGUGCAGUCUCUCGGAGUCCGUCUGCUUCUUUCUAGGGGCCCUGUCCACCAUGCCCGCGGUGAAGACCUUCGCUUUGUACGCCGCUCUGGCUGUGCUCAUGGACUUUGUCCUCCAGAUGACAGCGUUUGUGGCGCUGCUGUCGCUGGAUGCUCGACGGCAAGACAACGACCGCUGCGAGCUGCUCUGCUGCGUCACCGUGGCGACUCAGAAAUCCGACAAGCCCAACGAGGGCUUCCUCUUGCCCCUCAUGAGGAAGUAUUACGCCCCCGUGCUGCUGAACCGUUACAUGAGAUUCACCGUGAUGGUGGUGUUCCUCUUCAUGUUCAGUGGUUCUGUGUACCUCAUGUUCAAUGUGACAGUAGGUCUGGAUCAGGAGCUGGCUAUGCCCAAGGGCUCAUAUAUGCUGGAUUAUUUCCAGUACUUAUACAAAUAUUUGGAAGUCGGCGUGCCGGUUUAUUUUGUGACAAAACCAGGCUUCAAUUUUACCACGGUGGAGGGCAUGAACGCUGUGUGUUCCAGCGUGGGCUGCGACCAGUUCUCCAUGACUCAGAAGAUUCAAUAUGCCGCCAAUCACCCUGAACUAUCAUAUAUUGGCAUCUCUGCAAACUCCUGGGUGGACGAUUUCAUCGACUGGCUGAACCCGGGAUCCAGAUGUUGUCGACUUUAUAGCGUCGGUCCGAAUGCUGGAAAGUUCUGUCCUGUAGACAAACCUUCUUUGAUCUGUAGACGUAAGUGUGUGCCGAAGCCCCCGAACAGCGUCCUCCGACCCACCGUGGAACAGUUCAAUCGCUUUCUCCCGAAGUUUUUGGGUAAUAGGCCUGACCUGCAGUGUCCCAAAGGUGGACUGGGAGCAUAUGACACGGCUGUGGUGAAAGACGACAGGGGAGAGAUUAUCGGUGAGACCCAAAAAUCAAAUUACAGUUCAAAACGUUGGACUGAAGAGACGAGCCACAAGACACGUGACGAGUCGGCUUUUCUCCGUGUGCACGCAGCCUCUCGCUUCAUGGCCUACCACACACCUCUGAGCAACUCUCAGGAGUUCACGGCAGCACUCCUGAGGGCCAGAGAGCUGGCCUCCGACAUCACUGAGGGCAUGAAGAGGAUAAAUGGAACCUCUCCGGACUUUGAAGUCUUCCCAUACACGGUGACCAACGUUUUCUACGAGCAGUACCUGACCAUCGUGCCGGAGGGCCUCCUCAACAUCUCACUGUGUCUGCUGCCAACAUUCAUCGUGUGCUGUCUGCUGCUGGGCUUGGACCUGCGCUCCGGCCUGCUCAACCUCAUCACCAUCGUCAUGAUCACCGUGGACACCGUUGGGGUCAUGACACUCUGGGAAAUCCAUUACAACGCAGUGGCCCUGAUCAACCUGGUUACAGCAGUGGGCAUCUCCGUGGAAUUCGUGUCGCACAUGACGAGAUCGUUCGCGCUCAGCAUGAAGCCCUCUCGUGUGGAGCGAGCGAAGGAGGCCACCGCCAACAUGGGCAGUGCAGUGUUUGCUGGUGUUGCUAUGACCAACCUGCCCGGCAUCCUUGUGUUGGCCUUUGCCAAAGCCCAACUCAUCCAAAUCUUCUUCUUCCGCCUCAACCUGGUCAUUACACUUUUGGGAAUGGCUCACGGACUCAUCUUCCUCCCCGUGGUGCUUAGCUACUUUGGGCCUGGUGUGAAUAAAGCCGUGCUCCUGCAGAUCCAGCAGGCGCAAGCCAAGACCCACCCGGAACUGGAGCUGACAGACCACAUGAGACAAUUCUACGAUAACAUGUGCUACGAGGACAACGAGGUGAAAGAGGAGCCGCACUCCGACGCCGCGGAGGCUCCAGAAUACAAUAAAGGCCCAGCACCCAAUAGGAAACACAAACAGGAAGAGGAGAAAAUUGACUCUUUUUGA